AUGUACUCCAACCCUGCCUCCGUUGCCAUUGCCGCCUUCGGCCUCUUCUCUGUCGUCUCCUCCCACGGCCUUGUUGUCAACAUCAAGGGCGCCAAUGGAGUCACCAUGCCUGGUCUCAGUGUUGCCGAUGGCACUCCUCGUGACUGCUCCAGCAACGGCUGUGGCUCCCAGGCCGACACCUCCAUCAUCCGUGACCGUGAGAUUCAGUCUGGCCAGUGCGGUCCUCUCGGCCGCACCCAGGGCAAUGGUCCCGUCGACGCCAGUGUCAUGAUCGCCAACUUCAUGAGCGGCGUUGCUGCUCCUACCAACAACGGCGCUGAAGGCGCUCCCGGUGUCGAGGACAACAUCCCCUCCAACAUUGGCAGUGCUUCUCGUGGCGGCCGCACCAACAACAACCGCCGCCAGCUCGGCAACCUCCUGGGUGGUCUUCUCGGCGGCAUCGGUGGCGGUGGCCGUGGCGGCAACGCCGCUGGCCAGAAGACUUCGACCGCCAGCGAGACCAGCGUGGCUGCCACUGCUGGCCAAGGUGCGACCAACGGUCUCCCUACCGCCUCGGAUGACGGCAAGGUCACCGUCACCUACCGCCAGAUCAACCAGGAUGGAGCCGGCCCCCUGGAGGCCAUGGUUGACGGCACCUCUGGUGGUACUACCAUGUCCGCCUUCCAGAAGGCCACCGUCGUCCAGAACGUCCCCGGCUUCGUCGCCGGCCUCUCUCUCGCCACCAACACCGACUUCCCCGUCGAGAUCCAGAUGCCCGCCGGCAUGACCUGCGACGGAACCGUCGGUGGUGCCAGCAACGUCUGCAUCGUCCGCCUGCGCAACAACACCCCCGCCGGCCCCUUCGGUGGCUCCGCGGCCUUCACCCAGUCCCCUGCCGCCCGCAAGCGUGCCAUCGAGUACCGCCUCAAGAAGCGCGCCGAGGAGAAGCGCGACGCCGUCGCCCGCCGCUACAACGCGUAUAUCCGCUCAAGCUCCAAUGAGUGA